UAUAAAUGUGAGGAGUGAUCUGCACCCACGAGUCUGAGCCCAGAAAGGAGUGAGGCAAUGAGAGGGACGGGAGUUUACUGAAAGGGCAGUUGCCUCCCUCUCAUCUGCGCAUGAUUCAUCCAUGCCCCUUCUCAAACCGCCCUUUCUUCUUUCUUCCUCGCAAGAAAGAAACUACAGAAAAGAAAAGAAAACAACAAAACACAACCUUUUCCAUCGAUCAUGAACUCGCUCUGCUUUCUUUAUUCGAUCUUGCUGUCUGCAUCUGAAACUGCUGCUGGGCAUUUCUGGAAUGUCCUAGUUAUUGCAGCCAUGGCGUAUCGGUCUUUUCUUGGCCUCCUGGAGACACAAAUUUGAGCCUCCAGAAAGAAGUUGAUGAAGAAUAGCCCUUUUAAAAGAAUCUUCAACAAUGUUGUACAUCUCAUUAGAAAAGGAUGAGGCGCCAGAGGUGAGUUUGGUUUUUUUGGGUGGUUGCCCUCCCUCUGCUGUAGCCAAUGAUUUCCUCCAAAACAAGUAACCAACAACCCUCUCAUCUCCGAGAGAAUAGAUAUGUGCAGUAAUUUAUCAUCAUCAUUAACCCCCACUUAUGGUGGGUGUAAGGGGGUCGGUUGUACGCAGCCUUACCCUUGUACUAAUGAACAGAGUGACUGUUUCCGGAUGACCCAUGGUGAAGAUCACGUCAAAAAUUGCAUGGACUGAUUGCCGCUUCCAAAUAAAGAAGCGCAGACAGUAUAAUGAGUCAUUUUGCUUUAUUUUGUCACAUUCUUAAGCAAACAAAUAGUGAGUCUUUGGCUCCAUUGCAAAUGGAGUAAUUAUGUAUGUAUAUAUGUCCGAAGAGGCUGUGAUGAUUGUUUUAUGCAACUAAAUUUUGGGGUAUUUUGUGGAUCCAAUCCGUAUCUUGGCAGGGAAAAACUGGAAUGACCACCUUAUUGCAGCCAUGGCGGAUCGGUCUUCUGAUUACCUCCUGAUGACACAAAUCUGAGCCCCCGCAAAAGAGUUCAGGAAUAACAGCUCUUAAAAAAGAAUCUUUAACGAUGUAUAUUUGUUGUUUGCAGCCUUGGCUGUGUCAGUUUGUCACCAAUAUCUUAAUCUUUGUUUGCAGGCUUCUCUGUUUUCCCCUAUUUUUCUUUCCCUUGUCUUACCUGGAUGCAAAUGGACCCUGCAUCUGAGGCUGUGAUUAUUAUUGAUGAAAAAUUCAGAUUUUCAGUCUGGCUUGUAUUUUGUCGUGGCAGUUUUUUGCUUGCAGCCAUGCCAUGGAAGAUUUGUUUUAUUUUCGAUUGAUAGAGUAAAGGUUAUCCUGAGCCUCAUUUUACUUGUUUUCCUCUUUAUUGUUUCAAGAUUUAUAUAUUCAUGAAUCUUUCCCUAUAAUAUAUUUUGAAGUUGAACUUAUUGUUUUUUUUUGCAAGAAAAGUUGAACUUAGUGUUACUAGUGUAAACACCACAAUCGUCACUACUCACUAGUGUAAAGAAGAAAAUGACCAUGUUCACUUCAAAAGUACAACUAUAAUCACUACAUAGUAAAACUCAUACUACGUAUUUGUGUCCAUUAUAUCGAUAUAUUACUCAUAUAUUUGCCCUUCCUCUACUGUUGUAGUGUGGUCCAUUGAUUUCCUCCACUAUUUAAGAAUAUGUAGUCAACAACCCUCUUUAUUCUGUCAUGGUUAAUUUAUUGGGAAGGCCAAACUUACACCUUGAUGUAUAUUUGAGAUUUUAUAGAAGUGAAAGAAUAACAUAACACAUGAUCAUAUAUCAUUUCAAUUUAUAGUUUAUACAUUUGUAGACACAUUCUAUUUAUCCAGAUAUAGACUGAGGGUCCGAGGCAGAGCAUUUGAUAUUUGUGACAGUGGCAGCUUCACAAAAUGAGUCAUUAUCCGCUUUUAUGAACCUCCAUUUGGGUAAUCGAACAUUCAGUAAUUUUCACUGUCGGAAAUACUUUGAGUUGAUAACUUGUGGAGUAUUUGUUUAAACUUUCAUUACUUGACAAGUGUCUACAGCUUUGGUAAAUGAGUUAAAUGAAUCUUAGACAGGUAAAUGAGUUUUUUUUUUUAUGGUGGUUGCUCUCUGGUGUUUAUUAGCUAAUGACUCUUCCCCAUAAAGCAUGAUAAGUGAGAAGUUCCACAAGACAACACCCUUGGAGAACUAUGAGAAGCUAAUGGUGUGCUCCAGAGUCAUGAAUCACAAUCCUAAACUUGAAGACUCUUAAAGAGUUCUUCAAAUCUCUGUGAAAUUCCCAUUUCAAAAUACAAGUGGUCAAAUCUUAGGGAUGUUUUGGGGUCCUUGAGGGCGGUGACCCCUCUGAAAUGGAGCCAAAUUUGUAUGUUCAAAUAGAUAAACUGCCCUUCCAGUGUGCAAGUAGAGAUGGAGGAAGAAGAUAUGUUGUCUGAUCUCUUAGUUGUAAUUGUUUUCCAGUUAGCUCAAGGCAACUGAUUAUAGCAGCCUGGUGCUCCUUUUCCGAUGAAAAAGAUUUUCAAGGAAAGCUAUUCUAGAGAACGUGAAACUGUUUCCACUUAUACACUUGGUUUGGCUGGGGUUAUUAUCGGAAAGAGAUAAAUAUGAAUACACAGAUUUUUCAUAUUCUUGUUUUGGAUUUUGCUUCUUCCAGCUUCGAAGGAGUAAAAGAGAUCUGAUUUCUUUUGAUAUUGAUCAUAAUUAUUUUGUUUUGUGUAGGAAUAAUUUUCAUGGUAUUUAACUAUUAAUUGAUUCAUUCAUUGCGAAGUGCAAUGAUAAUCACAUGAUUCACAUCACACAACAUGUUUCUUAUAGUUAGGGGUAUUUUUUUUAUUCAUCCCUGUUAAAUCCCAUACUUGGGCUUGUAUUGUAUUUAAUGUAAUUUUAGCAUAGCUUAUAUUUAUUUUUGGGCCAAGGGUUUGUUUUCUUCGGCCAUACUUUUGUAUAUAUACGAAGCUUCAUCAUGAAAUUCACACAAGGGAUUUUCCCUAUUCUUUCACGUCAAUUUCCCAACAUGGUAUCAGAGCGCAGCUUUUAAACCUGCGAUUUUUUUUCUUUCUUCUUCGGCGAACACACAGGGCAGCAACACCAGCGUGUUUGCUCCUGUAGAAGAUGGCCAGCGAUCCCACCUCUCCUUAUUAUCUCGGGCCUGGUGAUCAGCCCGGGAACCUUAUUACACACAUUAUUUUCCGAGGCGACAACUAUGUAGGAUGGUCUCGUGCCAUCACGUUGUCCCUAAAGGCAAGACGAAAAUUUUGUUUCGUCGACGGCACUAUGAAGAAACCAACGACAGCGGCAGAUUUACUUACCUGGGAGACUGUUAAUUCGAUGUUGGUCUCUUGGCUCUUGCGUGCUAUGGAACCCAACGUGGUGAUCUCGAUUCCGUUCCAUGAAGAGGCACGUGCACUAUGGAUUUACUUGGAGAAGCGGUACAGUGUUGCUAAUGGGCCGCGACUCCAGCAACUCCGGGCAUCAAUCUCGGAGUGUAGGCAGACGAAGAAGAUGUCUGUAGAUGAUUAUUACACGGCUUUGAUCAGUUUAUACGACGAACUGAAUCGGUUGAAACCUUUGCACUCGUGUACAUGUGGGUUGUGUACCUGUGACGUGGCUGGAAAAUUUGCCGAGGACCGGGAAGAAGAGAAACUUCAUCAGUUUUUGGUCGGAAUAGAUGAUGAUUUGUACGGGACUGUUCGUUCCAAUUUACUUUCGCAUACACCACUUCCUAGUCUCGAUCAGGCCCAUCACGCGUUUCUCCAGGAGGAGAAUUCUCGUGCAGUAGCUCGAAUGAAGCAGUCCGCACCCGUAGCUGAUGUCCAAGCCUUUGCAGUCGUGAAGGGUCGUCUUGAUCGAGCUGAGCGGAUGAAAUUGCUUUGCACUCACUGUAAACAAAAGGGUCAUGAAAUAGGCAAUUGUUUCAAGUUGCAUGGUUACCCGGAUUGGUGGGAGGAGAGAAAUAAAGCUAAGGGUGUGGCAGCCAAUACAUCUCGCGAGGGUACUGGUAACCGUGGAGGGGGGGGUACGUACUCACGCCAUCUCCCCGAGCCUUGCGUCUACCAAUGGCAGUGAGACAUCUUCCAAAGCCGUGGUAAACAGUCUUAAUGACUUGAGCACCGAACAGGUUCAGGCUCUCUUGAAACUAAUUAAUACCGAGCCUAGCUCAAGUGAUCGCAUGUCAGGUAUAUGUUCUACUUUAUCAUGGAUAAUUGAUACCGGGGCGUCUCGCCAUGUAACCGAUGAUUCGAAAUGCCUUACAAACUGUAACUCCAUUCGGGCAUGUCCUGUUGGGCUGCCUGAUGGUCGUGUAGUAGCUGCGGUCAUGGAAGGACGAGCACAACUUUCUCAUACUCUAGCACUUGAUCACGUGCUUUAUGUGCCUGGACUUAACUGUCAUCUUAUUUCUGUAUCUCAGUUAAUUGAUCAGUUGUCUUGCAAAGUUAUUUUCACCAAUUUAUUUUGUGCUAUUCAGGACCGAUGCUCGAGGACCCUGAUUGGAGCCGGUGAGAGGCGAGAUGGGCUUUACAUUUUUCGAGGAGUGCCUGCAGUUCAUACAGUUCACAAGUCAGUUCUGUCAGAUUUUGAGUUAUGGCAUCGUAGAUUGGGGCAUCCUUCAGAUCGUGUCCUAAAAUUGUUACCUCAUAUUAUUACUAGCACUUCUAAGAAAACUUUGAAUAAAACCUGCGAGGUGUGUCCGCAGGCCAAACAUGUUCGUGAUUCUUUUCCUGUUAGUGAUAAUAAAGCUAGUUGCAUUUUGGAACUCAUACAUUGUGAUUUGUGGGGUCCUUACAAAACCCCUUCUACGUGUGAUGCUAUCUAUUUUUUGACAUUGGUGGAUGAUUUUUCGCGCG